AUGUCCUCCCAUUGCGCUCAGCUGCAGCGCACUAACUUCGCUUACCGCAGUCUGCGCCGUGGUUUCCAGGUCUACCGCGAAGUCUGUGCCGCCUGCCACUCGCUCAACCGUAUUCCCUUCCGCACUCUGGUCGGCUCCGUCCUGACCGUCGACGAGGCCAAGGCUUUGGCUGAGGAGAACGAGUACGACGCCGAGCCCAACGACCAGGGUAUCAUCGAGAAGCGUCCCGGCAAGCUGUCGGACUACCUGCCCGACCCGUACCCGAACGAGGAGGCCUCGCGUUUCGCCAACGCCGGUGCCCUGCCGCCUGAUCUGUCGCUGAUUGUCAAGGCUCGCCACGGUGGCUGCAACUACAUCUUCUCGCUGCUGACUGGCUACCCCGAGGAGGCUCCCGCAGGUGCCCAGGUUGGUGCUGGCCUCAACUUCAACCCCUACUUCCCCGGCACCGGCAUCGCCAUGGCCCGUGUCCUGUUCGACGGCCUCGUUGAGUACGAGGACGGUACCCCGGCUUCGACGUCUCAGAUGGCCAAGGAUGUCGUCGAGUUCCUGAACUGGGCGGCCGAGCCCGAGAUGGACGACCGGAAAAAGAUGGGCAUGAAGGUGCUUGUUGUGACGUCGGCUCUGUUCGCCCUCAGCGUUUGGGUCAAGCGGUACAAGUGGGCCUGGCUGAAGUCGCGGAAGAUCGUCUACGACCCUCCCAAGGGCUCGUCGGGUGGUCACUAA